AACGAUCCUAUAGUCGAUGUAGAAAGUUCCAACAUGGCAGCAUCUAGAGGACCGAUUCUCCCUUUACACCAGCGUUAUGUUAAUGGUAUUCCCGUUGUUUCUGGUCGUCAAACUCUUCGUACAAGAGAGAAAUAUAUAGUUUGUCUUAUUUUUAUGGUAUUUGCGAGUUUAUGUUAUAGUGCCUUCUUUCUAAUGCCAGAACUUAUGAGGGACAGAGUGUCAUUGUCAAUAUCGGGAGUUUCAGGUGACUUACUCCUACCCAAGCCCCCUCAACACUUAGAAUUUCUAAAUGAGGAACAAGGUUUAGGCCUAGUGAACUUACACCAUAUUAAUGGAGGAAAGGAUAUUCAUAUAAAGGAAGAUCAAGACAGGAUAGCGUAUCAAAUGCAGCAAGAUAAAGCGCUAAAUGAAGCUAGGCAGGCAGUGAAUAUUGUUAAACCCCCCGUCGAUGUUGUGCAUGAAAGUGGUCCAGCUGGUGGGGAGAAAAAUAAACAAGAGCACACAGACGACGUCAAAGAAGAAUUAUUUAAAGUUGAAGAAGAGAAAAGGCGAUUGAAGGAGCUAGCAGAUGAAGAAGAAAAGAAAAAGAAAGAAAUGGAAAUGAGAGUGGCUGCUGAAAAGAGAGGACAAUAUUUCACCCAAUUAGAUGGUGAACCAGAUGAUCCUGACAUAAAGGAAAAAAGAGAUGCAGUUCGAGAGAUGAUGAUCAGAGCAUGGGACGGAUACGUAAAGUAUGCAUGGGGUGCGAACGAAUUGAAACCUAUAUCACACACUGGCCACUCUGCAAGUAUAUUUGGGCGUUCGGCGAUGGGCGCCACCAUUAUCGACGGUGUUGACACCCUAUAUAUCAUGGGUCUGCAAGAUCAGUAUCAAAAAGCACGUAACUGGAUAGCCCAUGACUUCUCAUUCAAUCCACCAAGUGAUAUUUCUGUAUUUGAGGUGAAUAUUCGCUUUGUCGGUGGACUUUUGUCAACAUACGCUUUGACUGGUGAUGAGGUAUUCAAGGAUAAAGCAGUUGAAAUAGCCAAUAGACUUCUACCAGCAUUCAACACGCCGACUGGGAUUCCAUAUGGACUAGUAAACUCAAAAUCGGGUAAUGGACGGAAUUGGGGAUGGGCAUCCGGAGGCAGCUCCAUUCUCGCUGAGUAUGGCUCCAUGCAUCUUGAGUUUGCUUACCUUACGGAAAUAACCGGCGAUCCUAAAUAUUUACAGAAGGUACAAAAGGUUAGAGAAGUGUUAAAUAAUAUGAAUAAACCGGACGGACUCUACCCGAACUACAUCAAUCCAAAAACAGGAAGAUGGGGACAAAAUCAUGUUUCCAUUGGUGCUUUGGGUGAUAGCUUUUAUGAGUAUUUGUUAAAAUCCUACAUCAUGUCCGGACAGAAGGAUGAAGUUGCCAAGAAAAUGUACUACGAUGCUGUUGACGCAAUUCAAAGACGAUUGGUACAGAAAACACCAGGUGGUCUUACGUACAUCGGGGACUUGCGUUCUAGCAGAGUAGAGAAGAAGAUGGAUCAUCUUGGCUGUUUCUCUGGUGGGAUGCUGGCUCUGGGAUCAAAAUAUGCCCCGCCGGAUUUAAAAGAAAAACAGUUAGAGUUGGGGGCAGAAAUAACAAGGACAUGUCAUACAGCAUAUGAUAAAACAGCAACUAAACUUGGGCCGGAAGCUUUUCGCUUUGAGGGCAAGUCAGAAGCGGUAGCGAUGCGACAAAAUGAAAAGUACUACAUCUUGCGACCUGAGGUCAUCGAGUCCUAUUUUGUUCUGUGGAGAGCAACAAAAGAUAACAAAUACCGAGAGUGGGGCUGGGAAGCAGUUGAAGCUCUGAAUAAGCAUUGCAAAGUACAAGAUGGCUUCUCCGGAAUAAGAGACGUAUACGCUUCAAAAGUUAGCCACGAUGAUGUGCAACAGAGCUUUUUUCUUGCGGAAACGCUUAAAUAUCUUUAUCUUUUAUUCAGCGAUAAUGAUUUUAUGUCAUUAGAUAAGUGGGUUCUAAAUACAGAAGCACAUCCGCUACCAGUUCAAAGUUCAUCCAGAUGAUACCCCGCGAGAAUGAAUUAGAAUUGUUGAAUUUUUUAGGAUUUUUAUUUUUUGCAAAAGUGGUUAUUGAUUGUUGCUGAAAAUAUUAUUGGUGAUUGAGUAAAUGUCAAUAAGAUGCACUGAACAUCUACUAAGGUUACUCAAGGUUAUUCAAAAUAUGUAUUCUGUACAAUGGAGUUUGGUCGUCACAAAUUGUACAUUCGUUUUAUCACCAAGAAACCAUGAAAGAAUUUCUUGUGAAAUUCAUAUCCAUAUUUUUUAUGCAAAUAAUUGCAAGAAUGUGGAAUUGAUUCUUAAAAGAUGUAAUAUUUAUGACAAAUAUGAAAUUAAUAGACAUGUUUCUGUAUAAAGUAAUCAGAGAGGUAGAUUUGCUGUUAAUUGUAUAGUUGUUAUAUAUGUGGAUUUGAACUUUGAACUAAUGUAUUUCAGUGUGCGGGAACAAAAUUAAUGCCAGGACUAAAGAAAUAUGAGCAAGUUGUUUUUCUUUAAAAAAAUAAAAUAACCAGGAGUGAUGCCGGAAUAUUGGUCGAAAACCUGAUGCCAGAGAUGAACAGGGAAACAUUCAUUUUUUCUGAAUUACUCAUUUACUAAGCCAGAGAUGUACUUUACUGAGUCAGAGAUGUACAGGGAAAUUAUAAAUUUGUUUUCUUGAAGAAUCCGAGUACUGAUGCCAGAAAUGUUCAGGAGAAUGUAACCGUUUUCUUGAAGAACCAUGUUUUCCUAUUUCAGAGUUGCUCAGAAAAUCUGUUGUUUUUCAGAUGAACCUGUCAGUCAAAAUCACAGGAAAAGGAUAUUGUUUUUAAGCAGCCAGUGACCUAGCUUCAUAGUUUUUGCUUCAGUCUGACAUUAAGGAUAUGACAAGUAGUUGAUGGUUUUCCGUGAAUGAAAGCAGAAUGACAACAAUCAGUAGACCAAUGGAAUCAUAGAAUGAUAAUCAUGUGAUUGACCAUGAGGGCCUAAUCCAAUUAAAGCUUCAGUAACUCCAGAUUAUUUAUUCAUGCUGUAGAACCCGUCCUUUGAAACACCCCCUAUCAAGGGGACACUUUUUCAGGAAGUGAACAGGGGAAGGUAUAUCUUUUAAAACUAUUGCCAACCCCUAUUCAGGGUCCUAAACGUGUCCCCUUAAUAGGGGUUCUAAUGUACUCAUUGUUCUGCAGCCCAGAAUAAUUAUAUAUGCUCCUCUAUUUAUUUUUACAUAAUUAUUAUUACUAGCAGUAGUGCAAAACUUUGCACAGGUCUUUGUUUCUCAAUGAAAAUAUGCAAUGCAUCUAAAACCUUACUUUGGAGGAUAAUAUAAACUAUUUUUUGGUAAAGCAUAAUUAUAAUUAUUUGAGAGCGUCCCUUAUUUGAAAGUCAUUUAUUGUUGAGGGGGAUUAUAUUUGAGGGAGGUGUUUAUUUUUGGUGUAAAAUGGUUGUGUAUAUAAGUGUCAUUUAUCUUUACUGUGAAUGUGCAACAACAACACAUAAUUACAGUCAAAAUAUGUUAUUGCAUGAUCAUAAAAAUUGAUCCCAACCAAUUUAGAAAAAAUGGAGAAGAAUAUUAAUAGAAUAUGUUGAGAAUGAUGUUGCUUUCGUCAGUUUUGUUUACAGUCAUUUAGGGGGUGUUUAUGCAAAGGAAAAGUAAAGCCCUGAGGCGUUUAUUCCAUAUGUGGCUCUGGUGAAGGCGUUUAUUCAAAGCAUGAGAAUAGAUAUGGUACUACUUUUGUAUCCUACAGUAUCCCAUUCCAAGACUUGCAUCCUUUAACAACAUAACCUUUUCAUAAAUGUUUAAAUCACAGGUGGGCAAAGUGCAGCCCAUGGGCCGCACGCGGCCUGUCAGCGAUUUUUCUGCGGCCCGUGACAAUGAAUUAAAAGCCCUAUGUUUGCGGCCCACCAAUCAAAUUUGGCUAGAAAACACCUUGUUUUUUACGGCCCAACACCAAUCAUAUGUAAAAAGUAACAUUAAAACUGAAAAUAAAGUGAUGUAAAAGCAGUGCUUGGAGGUUUUUGGAAGCUCACUGGAACAUCAAGGUUUGUGUGCGGCCCUCGGUGUUAAAUAAAAAAUUCACUUUCGCCCUCCGUUCGAUUUUUAUGCCCACCCAUGGUUUAAAUAUUAUGAAGAUUAGAUCUCAAUACGUCCAACUAACAAAUUAUUACAAUAAAUAAUUGAUUUCUUCUUAUAAAUGAUUAAUUCCAUGUACUAAUGCAUUUACAGAAAAGAUAUUCAUAGAUAGUAACAGCCUUGCAAAUAUAGGUACCACUGUGUUUUAUUGCGGUUAAACUUUUGUAAUUGUAGUAAACCGUGUUUUUAUGGUGAUACUUUCAAAUUCGAUCCUUUGUACUUAAAUGUUUCUAAAAUCAUGUGGGUGUGUGUGCGUGUUUUUAAAUUAAGGGAACAGAAAGUGUGACCACACACUGGGUAGGACUAAAAAGUGUGUAUGAGUAAAUUGUAGGUGUGACCACUGCUGCAUAGUGGGUGUAAACCACACAUUGGGUGUGACACAUAAAAUGGAUGGUCACACUUUGAUGUAAUCUAUUUUUUAAAGAUUGAGAAUUUUGGUAGUCAAUGAAAGCAUCAUAAUAUGUAUUUUAUAUCCCCCAUGGUGAUUGAUCUCCACAUUCUAAUGUGUAUGCCUUGUAUUCUUUGUCACCAUUCUGUAAUACAUUUUUGUUUUUCUAUCCAAAAUAGAUACAUCCACUCUAUGGUAUACCAUGGAGGAAAUAAAACACUGUGUUCUUUUUCCCCUCUGGGUAUACAUACUAACAUUUUGGAACCUCAGUGUUUGUAAUCUGUAAGAUCAUGUUCUUUUUACAGUAAGUUUAUUAAUCAUAAUAACAAUCUCAUUUAAAGUAAAAAAAAAAUGAUUAAGAACUUAAUAUUUAACAAAUUAAUAUAACAACUUUAAUAUAUUUGAUCAACAAUUUUCCCUUUUGGAUACAUUUGUUUAUUAUUUAUCCUGUUUGCAUUGUUGAAUAAAUUCAAUUUUAAAAUCCCAUUUAGAAAAGAAAGCAUAUUUUAACUAUAAACAGUAGUUUUAACACUAUUUGAAUAUUUUUAGAUGUUACUGUUGUUUUCUCUAUAUUAUCAUUGUGAAGGCCUAUGCCCAUUGUUCAAACUUUUGUUGUAAUGUGUAUUAAUUGCAUGGGACAAGUUGUUGGACCCAUAGCAACAAUUGUCUGGCUUAUGAGACAAAUUGAAUGUCCCAUUAGAAUUUUCUUGUUGGAAUAAAUUGUCCAGCAUAAUGAAUAAAGUAACCAAAUGGUAUAAAUAUCUGUGGGUUUGGAUUGUCAAAAAUUGGUACCAGUUUAUCCGACUGUUGGGGCAAAGUGUCCAAUUUGCUUAGAACUUUUCUAACUAAAACAAAAGCAUUGUUUAAAUGCAUAUCCUGGUUUAUAUGAAAUGCUUAAUAAUUUAUUAGAUAAAAUAAAGCUUAUUAAUUGUAAGUGAAGACCAACAAUGUAUUUUGUCUGCAUGUACCUCUCGAAGUAAUGUCUGAAAAAAAUUAUAUGCAUUUAGUUGGUUAGGUUAGAUAUGAUAAUGAAUGAUGCAAUAACUCAUGUUUAAAAAACUCUGUACAUAGUCAUUUUCUGGACUUGAUUUAGUAAUUUGUCUGUUAAUACUUUUUUUUUGUUUUUUUUUUGUUUCUUUUUUUUUUUUUUUUUUUUUUGCUCUUUUGAGCUUGGAAGUCUGUGUACUAAGCAUAGCUGGUUUCCAUAAAAUUGCUACAAGCCAUCAUCGACAACAUCCUCGCUGAUUUGUCUGGUCAAAACAGAGUUGGAAUCCCCAAUUUCUUCAGGGACAGCCACGCAGAUUAACAAUGCAGUGAAAAAAUGUAGCAUCAGUGUAGUAAUUUUAUGGAAACCGACUUAAUACAAGUCAAAUUUUUUAUUAUUAUUAUUAUUGUUGUUACAUGUUAUUAAUGUUGUUUUUUUUAUUUUUUUUUUUAUUUUAAUGUCUUCAAUAUUCGUUCUGUCUUCCUAGUGAUGUUUCAAAAGUUUUGACCGAUCAGAGAUGUUAUCAUCACAGGGAACAUUUAAAUUUACUGUCAAUUUAACUUUCCCUGAUCAUCAUUAUUAUUAGGUCAUUUUAUUGUAUUGAUUAUAUUUAUUAUUUAAUGAAUUUAUCUUUGUUUUUAAAUUUCCAAUAAUCAUUGACCAAUUGUGAUAGUAAAAACAAAACAGUACAAUAGUAAAAA